UCCCUUGUCCAUCCUGCUACGCGAGUGUUGAAGUCAUUCCUUCCUCUUCAUUUAUAUACAAAUGCUGUCUUAAAAGAAACGAGAGAUAAACGGCGAGAAAAGAGGAAACCAACCCGGAUUAGAUCCACCAACGCUGGUAAUAACCGGGCUCAUCUGAGAUUUUCAACGAUGGCAAGGAGAUCUCUUAGAAUUAAGGAGAUGUCUCCUACCCAUGAAGUUAAGUGUAAAUUCUUGGUAUCUAACAUACGCCCUUCUACUGUGAAGAAUGCUUUCUAUUCGUACUUCGGCUGUUAUGGGAAAGUAACGGGUGGAAAGUACCUUCAUGUGCACUCAUUUACUCCUGAAAAUAGUCACUCUGUUCUCACUUUCACACGCUCAUUUGUUGUGAAAAUGCAACUCACCAAUGACAUGAAGAGUUGCAUUUUGCGUCAUCAUCACAACAUUGAUGGUAUGAUGGUGUCUGUUAAAGAGUACAAAGGGAUAGCAGUGCACAUGGAGGAAUUGGAUGGUAGUAAUUUUAAGUACCAUUUUUUACUUCAAUCCUUCACAAACCUCACACUUGAAGCCAAGGUCAUCAGGCUUCUGGAGGACCUUUUUAAUGGAAUGAAUUGCAGAAUCAGACUAUUACAAACUCAUUUAGAGGCAGUAGAGGAAGAGUUAGAGCCUCAAGUUCAAGCAUUAAGAGAUUGGUAUGAUGAUGAGCCUGAUCGUCUUCCCUUCAAAGGAUAUGCGGUGAUUAGUUUCUUUUUAGAAAACGAAUAUUACCAUGCAAGAGAAAUUGCCAAGCAUAGGUUCCGGGGAUGCGGAAUUAGUAAUUGGGACCCAAAAACGGAGUUCGAUGACGUUUGACAAUUUGGAGAUUGCUACAGGUCACUGUCCUGGUUGAAAGAAAUUGCUCCUUUUUUUAUGAUUAUCUAUCACAUCAGUCUUUUCCGUCUUGGUUCAAGGUAAAUGAUAACCAGACUCAGUUUUGUACCUUGUUUUUGAACCUUGUUGGGAUACUGUUGUGGCAGUAAUGAUUCUGGUGGCAACGAAGAACAUUAUUUUGACAUAGUGAGAAUAUUUUAAACCUACAAAAUAUUCACAAUCCACCGGUAGAAAUGGUGGCAAUUUUUGUAGCCACUCGUCCCUUACGUUGAGAUGCUUCAGUUACUGAUGUUGUAGUGUGAGUUUGACACAUAACAAAGAUUGUUGAUCUUUGGUGGCAAAGAAAUUCCCUUUUGAACUUGUUCAAAAUCAGAUAUGCAGAUUCACAUACGUAUAAUACUAUUGAUUUAAAUAUGGGUGGUUUCUUUUUUAA